AUGUACAUCAAGCAAAUGAUAAUCCAGGGCUUCAAGAGCUAUAAAGAUCAAAUCGAAGUUGAACCAUUUUCCCCAAAGACAAAUGUCAUAGUCGGACGAAAUGGGUCCGGAAAAAGUAACUUUUUUGCCGCCAUUAGAUUUGUUCUGAGUGAUGCAUAUAACCAAAUGGGACGCGAAGAGCGACAAGCACUUCUUCAUGAAGGUUCCGGCUCUGCAGUCAUGUCUGCAUACGUAGAGAUUAUCUUCGACAAUAGCGAUGAUCGAUUUCCAACGGGAAAAGAUGAAGUAAUUCUACGUCGUACUAUUGGCCUGAAGAAAGACGAAUACUCCCUUGACCGUAAAAAUGUUACUAAAACCGAUGUCGUCAAUCUUCUUGAAUCUGCAGGCUUUUCUCGUUCUAAUCCGUACUAUAUCGUGCCACAGGGUCGAGUUACUGCAUUGACAAACAUGAAAGAUGCAGAGCGAUUAAAUCUACUAAAAGAAGUCGCAGGGACAAAAGUUUAUGAGUCUAGACGAGUUGAAUCUCUGAAAAUUAUGGCAGAAACUGGUAGUAAACGGGCUAAGAUUGAUGAGUCCCUUGAAUACAUUCGAGAGAGGCUUACCGAACUAGAAGAAGAAAAGGAAGAACUUCGUGGGUUUCAAGAAAAAGAUAGAGAUCGCCGCUGUCUAGAAUAUGCAUACUACCACCGCGAACAAACAACUCUCACGGCCAAAGUCGAGGAGAUCGAUGAACUUCGCCAAGGUGGGGCAGAAGGUACGGAUGAUGUUCAGGAUGCAUUUCAGGAGGGGGAGAAGGCGCUAUCAGACUUAAAUGCUGAAAUUAAGAAAUUAAAUCAACAGUUGGAGCGGUUAAAACGCGAGAAGGUUGAGUCAGAUGAAGAUCGCAAGGAAAGCGUUAGAAUUCUAGCAAAUCUAGAGUUGAGCUUCAAGACCUUGUCAGAUAGUGAGUCAGCGACGGAAUCCGCAAGAGCCCGGCACCUAGGAAAUCUAGAGGAAGUGAAACAAAAUAUAUCCACCAGUGAAUCUACCCUAGCACAGCUACUCCCAAAUCUAGCUGCGAAGAAAGAAGCUGAGAUUAAAAUAAAAAAUGAGCUGGACGCAGCUGAGUCGCGCCAAGCAUUUCUUUUGACAAAGCAGGGCCGUAGCCAGCAAUUCAAGACAAAGGAAGAGCGUGAUAAAUGGCUGGAGGGCGAAAUUCAUGAUCUAGAGGAAGCCUUAGCUAAACAAAAAGCGAAUCGUCUCAGUGCAGAUGAAGACGUCAAAGCCACACAGCUUCAAACAAAACAACUCGAAAAUGAGAUAGAGCAACUACGAGGAAGGCUUCACAAAUGGAAUGAAAGUAGACAAACACUUCAGGAUGAUGUAUCCUCAGCUAGGGACGAAUUAUCAAGGUUUCGCGAAGAACGAAAGGAACUUCGCCGUGAAGAAGAAAACUUGAGCCAAACAAGCACAGAAACAAGACAGGAGAGAGAUCGAGCGGAGAAAAAUCUAUCCCACACCAUGGAUGGUGCCACUUCGAGAGGCCUUGCCACUGUUAGACGCCUCAAACGAGAGCAAAAUAUUCGAGGCGCAUAUGGAACCCUAGCAGAGUUAAUAGAGGUACCCGAAGCCUACCGAAUCGCUGCUGAGCAAGCUGCAGGAAACAGUUUAUUCCAUUACAUCGUUGAUAAUGAAGGAACUGGGUCUCUACUAAUGGAACAGCUCCAGAAGAACUUUGGUGGCCGAGUAACGUUUAUACCAUUAGCUCAAUUACAAUACAAUCCUAUGAAACUCCCCAACGCUUCUGAUGCUAUACCACUCAUUAGUAAGAUAAGCUUUGAAAAGAAAUUUGCAGAUGCCAUGAAUCAGGUAUUUGGUAAAACGAUCGUCUGUCCCUCUUUGACCGUAGCGGCGCAGUAUGCACGAAGUCAUGGCUGUAAUUCAAUAACGCCUGAUGGAGAUACCGCAAACAAAAGAGGAGCCAUGACGGGAGGCUACAUUGAUCCUAGGAGAUCUCGCCUUGAAGCUGUUCGUCAAGUUAGUCUGAAACGCGACGAACUUGAAGCUAUUACAAAUAGGUUUAAUACAGUCAAAACGAGACUAGAAGAAAAAGAUGUAGAGAUAACAGCAGCGAUGGGAGAGGAACACCGUCUUCAACAGAAGCUUAAUCAGUUUGAUGAUAGUCUGGGGCCUCUCAAGAAUGAGCUUCGAGCUAAAACUUCACUUCUACUCAAGCAAAAAGAGCAAUUAGUGGAUCAUGAGAAUCGCCAGGAAGAGAUCGAUCGACUGGUUAAAGAGCUCAUAGCUAGCAUCAGUGCUCAUCAAUCCGAGCUUCAGGUGGAAUUUCGAAAAUCACUAAAUUCUAACGAAGAGCAGGAACUAGAUCGAUUGAACUCUAUUGUUCAAGAGCUUCGCCCGAAACGGAAUGAGUAUUCUAACGCUCGUCGUGAACUACAAGGUCAAAAAGAAAUAUUGGAGGCUAAAUUACAAAAUGAGCGUCGGAAGCUGGAUCAACUAAAUAGUCAAGAGAUUGACGCAUCUAUUGGUGGAGGUUUGGGGAACCUUCGUGAUGCUCAGAAAGAACUUGAGCGUGCGCAAAAAACUGUCUCGGCCGCCAAGUUGAAAUUAAAAGAAUGCGAGACUAAGAUUGAGAAAACCGAAACUAAAGUAAAAAAGCUUCAAGAUGAGCACGCAAAACAGAUGGAGCAGCAGAAUAAUCUUGCUGCCCGAAUUCACCGAAACAAACUCAAGAUGGAUAAGGCAGUCGCAGCGCGGGCCAUAUUAAAAGAGCAAGCUGAUAUUUGUGCAAAAACUAUCCGUGAUUUGGGUGUCCUCCCAGACGAGGCCUUUGAAAAGUACACAAGUGCCGAGUCUGCAACUAUAACGAAGCGUCUCAAAAAAGUUCACGAAGCUUUAAAGAAGUAUCAGCAUGUAAACAAAAAGGCCUUUGAGCAGUACAACAACUUCACGACACAGCGAGACGGACUGAUUAAGCGCAGAAAAGAGCUCGAUGAUUCCCAAUCGUCUAUUCAAGAACUAGUAGAGGUGUUAGACCAGCGUAAAGAUGAAGCGAUUGAGCGGACAUUCAAACAAGUUUCUAAAGAGUUUGCCUCCAUUUUUGAACGUCUCGUUCCAGCUGGUCGCGGUCGCCUUGUCAUCCAGCGUAAGGCUGACCGUCCUGCUCGCGAUGAAGAUAUAUCAGAGCCAGAGCAGCGUGAGAGUGUGGAAAAUUACACAGGGGUAGGCAUCAGCGUAUCUUUCAACAGUAAAGAUGAUGAGCAACAGCGAAUUCAACAACUCUCAGGCGGGCAAAAGAGUCUUUGUGCGCUUGCUCUCGUAUUUGCCAUCCAGCAAUGUGAUCCUGCACCCUUUUACCUCUUCGAUGAAAUCGACGCUAAUCUAGAUGCUCAAUACCGCACUGCCGUCGCCCAAAUGCUUCAGGAAAUCUCAAUGCAGCAGUCGCAAAACGUAGAAACUGGUGGCUCGGCCGACAAUGUAGAAACGACUAGUAGCAUGAGUGGACAAUUCAUCUGCACGACUUUCCGGCCUGAGAUGUUACUAGUAGCUGACAAAUGUUAUGGAGUAACAUUUCAUAAUAAAACGAGUGGAAUUGGUGUAGUAACACGUGAUGACGCACUCAAAUUUGUAGAGGGUGAAGCUGGGCCCAAGUAA